AUGUGGGGACCUCUCAACUUCACAUCGUUUUGCAAGCUUCCACGGCUGCACAUCUGGUCUCACCUUUGGGAAAUGGAGAGCUUUGACGAUGUUCCUCUGAUAGGACCCGUGACUCACGAAACGUCUUUUCACAACGAUCACCUACCCAUCUCAUCCAACCCGUCAGAUGGCCCGGCCAAAUCGGAGCUUACGGCGACGCCAGCCUCCACCAUAGCUUCUGGCAAUAUAUCGUCAUCGCGAAUAGAGCGCACUGAUGACCCAAGACUGAGAGCUGAUUCUGAUGUCACAUCGGAGUUUCCACCUUACGCGCAACUUGGACCUCGCAUCGGAGAGGACGAGGAAGGAGACGGCGAAGAUGAAGAGCCGCGGGUGGCGACCUCAUUCGAGCGAGAGGCCUCGACAUCCAUGGCACAGAAACACCGGUCUACAUCGGACAACCCAGAAGACGAAGGUGUCAAUCGUAUGCAUAAGUUCACACUCUAUGAAACUGCCACGAGGUUUUACAUGAUUGGCAUCAAUCUUGCAGAAACUCGAUUUCGAAUCUUGAAGAUUGAUCGUACUUCGGAGUCUGGCGAGCUAGGUAUUACCGAGGAUGAUGUGGUGUACAACAAGAGAGAGAUGGCGCAGUUGUUGGAUGCAAUCGACGACGGAAACAAAAGCUCUGGCGGUCUGAAUCAAAAAUGCAGUGCCUGGGCAUUGCUUGGCUUCAUCAAAUUGACUGGAGCUUACUACAUGCUCUUAGUCACCAAGCGAAGUCAAGUCGCCAUAAUUGGUGGUCAUAACGUUUAUCAGAUCGACGAAACAGAGCUGAUUCCAUUGACCAUGUCGGAAUCUUCACAAUUCAAAGCUGAAAGCCAUCCCGAAGAGGCGCGAUACAUUGCAAUUCUGAACAACCUCGACUUAUCGAAAUCGUUCUACUUCAGCUACUCCUACGAUAUUACCCGCACACUCCAACACAACAUUUGCCGAGAACGGAAUCUUGAUCAACAGGGACAUCCACAGCCCUUUUCGCAAGACUACCAUUCAAUGUUCAUUUGGAACCAUCAUCUUCUUACGCCAGCUUACGAAACUAUCAAGAACCCUUACGAGUGGUGUCUUCCUAUCAUCCACGGAUAUGUGGAUCAGUCCAAGAUGAGCGUGUAUGGCAGGUUGGUUUACAUAACGAUCAUCGCCCGCCGAUCUCGAUUCUUCGCAGGCGCACGUUUCCUCAAGCGCGGUGCAAACGACUUGGGAUAUGUUGCCAACGAUGUGGAGACCGAACAAAUCAUAUGUGAACAAAUCACGACCUCUUUCCACGCGGCAGGGCCAGCACUCCAUGCGAACCCUCAUUACACUUCUUUUGUUCAACAUCGUGGCAGUAUACCACUUCAUUGGACCCAAGAGAGCACAGGCGUAUCACCAAAGCCAGCGAUCGAGCUCAAUCUUGUCGAUCCGUUCUACACGGCUGCGGCUUUGCAUUUCGAUAACCUCUUUGAAAGAUAUGGAGCCCCAGUCUAUAUCUUGAAUCUUGUCAAAUCCCGAGAACGAACCCCAAGAGAGUCAAUACUUCUCAAAGAGUUCACGGAUGCUGUGUCCUACUUGAAUCAAUUUCUUCCCGAGGACAAAAAACUCAUUUAUCAGGCAUGGGAUAUGAGUCGUGCGUCAAAAAGUCGGGAUCAGGACGUGAUUGAAGUAUUAGAAGACAUCGCAGGCGAUAUCAUCCCCAAGGUUGGAUUCUUCAAGAACGGAGAUGAUCCAGAAUCUGGAUUGCGGAUGCAGAACGGCGUCGCUAGAACCAACUGCAUUGAUUGUCUCGAUCGAACAAAUGCCGCACAGUUUGUCAUUGGUAAGAGAGCACUCGGCUAUCAGUUACACGCUCUCGGUAUCAUAGGUAAGACAACGGUGGAGUAUGACAGUGAUGCCGUCAAUCUGUUCACGAACAUGUGGCACGACCAUGGAGACAGUAUCGCCAUCCAGUACGGAGGAUCACACCUAGUCAACACUAUGGCUACCUAUCGCAAGAUCAAUCAAUGGAGUAGCCAGUCUCGUGACAUGGUGGAAAGCUUCAAACGAUUCUACAACAACUCCUUCUUAGAUGCACAACGCCAGGAGGCAUACAACCUCUUCCUCGGGAACUACAUCUUCUCCCAAGGCACUCCGAUGCUCUGGGAUCUUCCAUCUGACUAUUAUUUGCACCAUACCAACCCAAGAUCGCACAGGGAAAAGAAGCGACCUAGCUACAUCUCCUGGUUUACGCCAGAACAUCUGAAAGAGCGAGAGAUGCCUCCGCGCCCUUUCCACCCCAAAGAGCCACUCUCGCACUACGAUGACUUCUGGCUAGAAUAUUACCGACCACUUGCUCUCUCAUCACUUCAAAAGAAUUUCUCAUGGAAAAUGAACUCAACGUCCCGCUAUCUGCCCCCAGUUCGCCCUGGCCACCCGGUUCCUGACUUGAGUCCAUUUGUCCCACGUAUCCCUCCCGAGCAAACCCAGCGAGAGCGCGUACCCCAGCGCAGCGUCAAGAUCCAAGAGCCAUCUGUCAGUCGAAGCCGAGCCUCAUCGAGCACAGUACCAACCGCACAGGUCGAGCAGACCUGGGCCCACCAGCCCCCAUCCUCCUCGAAGAAUCCUCCGGUCACUGGAAUUAUUAAAGAGCCAACUUUCGAAUUCAGCCAGACAGCCAAGGUUCCACCCAUUGAUGCCCCCAGCACGCAAUCAAACCCAAGCAAAGCCCAAAUGACCCAGUGGACUCUUGGUCAACUUGUGAGCGACGCAUUAAACCCGUCCGUGACCGAGGCCGAGCAAGAGGAAUACAAGCGGUACAUCAACCAUCCGCUUCAACUUCCGCUCGUCGUCACGUCUGAGGACGAAAUGACGGCAGCUUCAUUGCAAGACAACGGGUAUAAUCUCGAUUUCUUUGAAUAUGUGAAUCGGUGCAAUGUCGAGGAGUCGGCUCUCAAGGGGGUUGCAGAGGAAAGCUUGGCUGAUUAUGCCGAGUUUUUGAAUAUUUCGGAGGAGGGUCUCACUGUUUCGAGCGAGGAUUAUGAGAAAAAGAGGUAUAAGCGAUACCGCCAGUGGUUGCGCGGAAAGAGCCUCUUCAAACAGCGUGUUGACGUAUGA